AUGCUACUGCCUUUCUUAACUUUUAGCAACUUUCAGGGCAUCCUAGUUCGAAAGUGUAGUAUCGGGAAUGCGUAUAUCGCUCGACUCGAGCGGCUAGAUCGGGAGUGGACCUUUCGCUUCAUGGAUCUGCCCCCAGAGAUGCGCAACCUUGUAAUAUACAGUAUCCGGCUGGAGCUGGUCAUAUGUUGCCACUGCGAUAGAGAUGAACACUCGUAUGAACACUCGGCGGACUUCAGCCUUCCGAAAUUCUUCACAUCGGCUUUUGUCGAACGUGCGCAGAGUCUUCGGAAGUUGACUCUGGUCAUGCCUGUAUCCACCGCGAUGAAGUUUACCACCCAACAGUUCCUCGACUGGUUCGAUCCGCUCACACAACUUUCUCCAGGAGUGGCGCUUGAGUUAUAUGGAUUUGACCGGGAGACGAGGGAUGAGCUCAAGCGUAGGAUCGAAGAUGCAAAGCCCAAAGUCGAUGUCGAUGUCGAUGCCGACGAAUGA